CCCUCGGGGGGGGGGGGGGGGGGCCCCCCGGGGGCCCCCAGGGUCACUUGCAUGCGUUUUUGCUGCACCAGCUGCAGCAAGUAGGGGCUGAAGGAGGGAGCAGCAGCAGCAAGGGAACUCCACACCACUCCGAAGGCUUCUUCGUACUCAGCCCCCGCGUCUGCUGCUGCAGUGCUCGGCAAAGACAGACGGUCUGCCCACCCAAACCGCUGCAGCAGCAGCAGCAGCAGCAGCAGCAGCAGCAGCAGCAGCAGCGGGGAGGAGCGGCAGCAGCGGGGAGGAGCAGCAGCAGCGGGGAGGAGCGGCAGCAGCGGGGAGGAGGGCAGCAGCAACGGGAGGGAGCAGCAGGGAAGCCAGCAACAGCAGGCAAUGCAGAAACACAGCAGCAGCAGCAGCAGCAGCAGCAGCAGCAGCAAAUGCAGCAGCAGACGCAGACACACGCAGCAAACGACAGCAAAUGGAACCUUCAAACCCCCGCAAAGUAA